CUCAAUAUUUAUUCACGAGUGCAUCGUGGAUUCUGAAUACUUAUCAGUUCUUUCGUGUCAUAAAUCACGCCCAAGCUUCCAGCCCAGGCAGAUGAGGCGCUAAGAUAGGGCACUUGGCUAAUUUUCGUUCAGUUAUUAUUGUACUCUGGACAUGUGUUGUGUGUAAAUUUAAGGAAGGUGUUCCUGUUUUUUUUUUAAUCAAACAUGUCUGAAUCUCCAAAUGCGCACUUUCCAACAGUCGAAGAUGUCAGCCUGUCGUUACAGCGAUUUGGCCUGUUGGAUUACACCAUUUUCUGCGCCAUGCUGGUCGUUUGCAUACUUAUAGGGAUUUACUUCGGCUGGCAGGAUCAUCAGAAGCAGAAACGACGAAAAAAUUCACGCCGCGGUUCCGAGGCCCUCGACUAUCUGGUGGGAAACCGCAAGUUGAAAAUUUUCCCCGUUGCAAUGUCCUUAGUCGCAAGUUUCAUUUCCGGGAUCGCUCUGAUGGGUGCGUCGACAGAAACCUACCUUUACGGGAUGAAUUUUAUGUACAUAUUUUGUGCCAUUAUUCUGAUGGCGAUCAGUAUGAAUUUCAUAUUCCUGCCCGUUUUUCAUGAGCUCCAGAUAACAUCAGUGUAUGAGUACCUUGAGAUGAGAUUUGACAAGAAAAUUCACAUAUUGGGCUCAGUACUUUUCACAUUGGCAACGCUUCUACAUCUACCAAUUGUAAUUUACGUUCCUGCUCUGGCCUUCAAUCAAGUUUCUGGAGUUAAUGUCCAUUUCAUAACAACAACUGUUUGUCUUGUUUGUAUAUUCUACACUGGAUUGGGAGGUAUCAAAGCAGUUGUAUGGACCGACGUCAUCCAAACAUUGGUCAUGGUGGGGGCUCUCGUGUUGAUGGUCGUGAAAGGGACCUCGGACAUCGGUGGUCUGGGAGUUUUGAUCGAAAGAAAUUCAGCCUCUGGUAGGAUCGAAAAGCCGAAUUUCAGCUUGGACCCCACCGAAAGAAUAACGAUUUGGUCGGUAAUUUUUGGCGGUGGAUUUUUCUGGAUUGCAAAAAAUUCGAUUCACCAGAUGAUGAUUCAACGCUAUCUGUCACUGCCGACUUUCCGUGAUGCCCAAAAGGCUCUGAUUCUUUUUACUAUCGGCAUAAUAAUUCUAAUAAUGACGUGCCUGUAUAAUGGCCUCUUGAUUUACGCUACCUUCCACGAUUGUGAUCCUCUGACGACUCAACUAGCCAAGGCCAAGGAUCAGCUGAUGCCUAUUUUGGUGAUGCACGUACUGGGAGAUUAUCCAGGAUUGGCAGGUUUGUUCAUUUCCGGCAUAUUCAGUGCCUCUCUAAGCUCGUUGUCGACCGGAUUGAAUUCGCUUGCGGCAAUCGUUUUGGAGGAUUUCGUGAAACCUUUCCUCAAAAAUGACCUUUCGGAACGACAAACCAGGUAUUUGAUGCGUGGAACUGUGCUAGUGUUCGGAAUCAUAGCAUCGAUAAUGGUUCUGAUUGUGGAAAAGCUAGGAACCGUGCUGCAACUGUCCAUGAGUUUGAUACCGAUAUCCUUGGGUCCGCUGCUGGGAAUAUUCCUGAUGGGGCUCCUCGUGCCUCGAAUUGAUGGUAAGUGUGCUCUGGCAGGAAGCUGCACGGGACUGCUAGUCAUGGCCUACAUCGUCAUUCGUGCGCAAAUAGCGAUCGCAUCCAAGGAACUGGUACAUCCUACUAAACCGGUUUCAGUCAGCGGAUGCACCUACCAGUUCAACAACACGGUCACGUUUUCGGACCAGGAAACGCCUGCUGAGAUCGAAAAAUCUCUGCAUCACAUCUCCUUCCUGUUCUACACGCUCAUAGGCGCCAUUUCAACUCUGCUAUCUGGAUUCGGUUACUCGUUUUGUCUAAGUCGUCAAGAUAUCGGGAAACUGAAUCCACAGUUGGUAGCGCCAUUCAUAAGAAAAUAUUUCUUCGCCGAAAAAAUGAUGGACAACCGUAGAACCGUUCAUCACUUCGAACAAAGAGACACUAAGCUUUAGACUAUAAAUAAAAUGUCG